AUGGAUAGUAGAUCAUUCAAGAGAGAAGAAUAUAGCUCGUCCAACGAAAUCGCCGUGGAAUCCUCUACUUCGUCAGAAAUAGAACUAAUCGAAAGUGAUGACAUUUUACUAGCUGAUGCAGAUGAACAUGAUUAUUUGUUGUCGGAACAAGAUAAUCAAUGUACAGACAUAUCACAUUUGGAUUCAACUUGCGAUGACGAAAUCAUAAGGAUUAAUGUGGAAAAUGAGGACUUUAUGUCAACUGAUGCAACAAUGGAAUAUAAUGAAGAAUUAGAAGAAAUAACCAUGAACACAAUGCAGAACCGAAUGAAGAGCAACUUGAUGAAUAUACCCAUUUCGGAAAUAUUACACAGACUGACGCACAAUUCGAUGAUUUUACCAAUCAAGGGAUUACAAUCCAUCAAGAUAUAGAGAAUAUACGUAUCAUGGGAAUAUAGUCGACUACAAUGCUCAACCCGAAAAUGGUACCUAUCGUGCGAAUAUUAUCCGACGCGGACCAUCUACAAUAAUGGAAUUUGACCGUAUGGAAUUGCAUUACAAUUCUAGCAUUUUAAAAUUAUGGGAUACAAUAAAAGAAAGGAGAUUAGGUGAUGAACUAACGAAUCCAGAAGAUCUUAUAGAGGACAAAAUAGUAUAUCAUAUAUAUAAUUUCUUCCACUCGCUCGAAAGAUGUAAAUAUUUUUCUCUAAAAAAUAAAUUAAAUAGAUUGUGCGAUUAUAUUGUAAGAAAGUACAAUGUGCCAUCAGAAGUCAAAGUUCAUGAAUGGGAUAUAACGAUUUCGUAUAUCUUAAGUGAUCUAUUAAAAAAGGAUGCCCAGGAUUAUUUCGAAUUAUGUGAUCUAAUUGAAAAUGGAAUGUGUGAGAGAUUGAAGUUCGUUCAAUUUAUAAAUGAAAAAAAAAGGUCUUGGAGUAUGUCCACGAAUAUGAUAUUUCGAUCAUGGGCAGACGUCUUGGCUUUAAAAUUGAUUAUUCAUUCUCAAUA